AUGACUUUUUUAUGUAAAAUUAUUCAGAUAAAAGUAGGUGGAGGAAACAGAUCAGAGUUAAAGUCGAGGGGAGAGAGGGUGGUAGAUAAAAAACAAGAACAAGAAGAAAGAACAAGCAGGAGUGAGAGGGAAUUGAUAGCAAGUGAAGUCGAGGUGAGGGAGAAGAGUGAUGGACAAAAGCAGUACAAAGAAAGGAAGAAUCAAGGAGGUGGAGGGCGGGGUGAGGGAAUAAAGAUAGAGAAGGGACAGGGGACAGGGGAGGAGGAGGGCACGGGACAGCCGGGGAGGGUUACGGACAGCCGGUGGGGUAUAAAUUGGGAGGAGAGAGGGGGGAGGGUGGGUGGGUCCUCUUUGCAAGAAAAACCAAAAAAAAAGGGUUUAGAAGAGAGUUCAGAGUGGGGGUUUAGAAUGGAAUUGAGGGUCAGGCCCGGACCUCAGCGAGGCUUCAAACUGCAGUUUAAAAGGCGAAAAAACGGAGUUAAAAAACGUCAGAUUUUAAUUGAAAUUGGAGGAAAUGGCCUAAAGCGAGGGUUAGAUGCAGGAAACGGGGGUUUAGAAGAAGAGGGGAGGCGUUUAGAUGAGGAGGGGCAAUUUGAAGAGUUUGGGGGAGGAAGCGCAAUGUGGAGUAGUCGUAGGGAGGGAGGUCAAGAUCACGUGACCUCACGUGAAAUACACGUGAUACGAUUAAAAUUUGGGUGGGGGAACGACAAGGAGAGUUGUUUAAGGAAGGAGGGUGUUAAGAAGUCAUGUUUGACUAGAGGGAAGCGUAGGAAAGCAAGUUUUAAAGAAUUUCUAGAGGAAGUGCAGUAUGAAGUAUUGGUAGGGAAGGUGCAGUGUGAAGUAUUGGUAAGGGAAGUGGAGUGUAGAGUAGUCGUAGGGAGGUCAAGUGGGGUAGCACAGAGUGUUGUUUGGGCAGAAGCUGAGAAACACGUUGGGGGUAGCAGUUUAAAGAGUUGGGAGAGGGAAACGCAAUAUGGAAUAGUCGUAGGGAGGUCAAAGUCACGUGAUCCUCACGUGAAAAGCACCAGAAAGUGUUGUUUGACAAGGAAACGACAAGAAAAGUUGUUUCAUGAAGGGAGAAUUUGGGGGAAAGAAACGCAGUGUGAAAUAGUCGUAGGGAGGUCAAUAUCACGUGACCCGCACAGUGAGGGAGUACAAAGCGUUGCUUGGGUAGGAAAAAGAGAAUGGAGUUUGUUCAAGCAAAGGACGACUCAAAAAGGCGAGUUUAGUCGGAUGAAAGAGUGGGAGAGGCAAUUUAAAGAGUUUGAAUCACGUGACCAUCACGUGACAGGAAGAAAUUUAAGUGGGGUAAAGGCGAGUCAAUUUAAUGGAAUUAAUGUAGAAUUUGGAGUUGAAUGGUUUGAAAUGCGUUUAAAGGUUGAGUUGAGUGAUUUUGAUGAGUUGUUUAGUGAAGUUAUUUAA